AUGGCCGCGCUCUGCGUUGCACGUAGCGCAGUAGCGGAAACAAUUCCUUCGGCUGAGACGGCAACGCCCGUCCAGUGCCUUGGUGUGUUCAACGAGGCGAGAGUUCGUGCGGGCUUCGAUCCCUUCACUACAGAGGAAGGAGAGCAGCAGAAAUUGCCCAUUGACGAUCCAGAAUACAUAAAAGCAGUUUGUAAGGCGAUGAAGGAGGAUGGAUCUGUCAAAAGCUCGCACAUUAGUUACAAAAGAGAAGGCACGUACGCUUUCGCAUCGCAAACUGGUGAGACCGGUGACUGUUCUGCUGCUCUUUCCCAUUGGAGCAAAGCCCUAACGUACUUUGGCGAACUUCCCCCCGUGUACACCGGCGACAACGCCGGAUCGUAUGCAAGUACUCGCAACAGAUCUUUUGUGGCCCUCUUCAAUCCCAUGAAAAGCGCCACCAUCGACUGCGCCUACUUUAUCUGUCCCACCGCAAGCACCACCAUCAAGACGACGCUCACUGCAGACAACUCAGGCACACCAACAUCUAAUCAAGGAAACGGUGACAAAGAAGGCAAAACAGUCUCCCUGCAAUAUGCAGAGGACCUUGCGGGGAGGACAGCACCGUUGUCUCCAAACAGUGAAGAAACGGAGCAACUGGAGAAGCAAGGGGGGCCACAAGGUUCCAAGACAGAUCCAGAAGAAGGAAUUGUCACUCGCCGCCUUGAAACAACUGCAAAGGACAUCCGGGCACUUGUUUGCUUGACAAACCCACAAGCACUUGUUUCGGGAAGAAGGCCCUUCACGUUAGGCUCACCUUUUGUUUGUUUGUCUUUGCCUCUUCCUGAGCAAUGA